GAAAGCUCGCUGAAUGGGUCGUACCAUCAUGUGAAAGCUGUGAAAAGUGGUCAGACAGUAAUUGACGCAGCUUUGACAUGUAUGGUAGAUGAAGAUGGAGGUGUUCAUGUGCUGGCAAACCCAGUGAGGAACCAGCAAGAGGUGGAAAUCUAUACUCCGAUUACACUUUCACCCAAAAUUCUUACUUUUCCCUGGCAGCCCAAGCCAGGAGCUUAUCAGUACAUAAUACAGGUACAAGGUGGAAGUGGGAAUUUCACUUGGUCCUCAUCCAAUAAUGCUGUGGCUACAGUAACUGUCAAAGGGUUAAUGACAACUGGAGAUGACAUUGGUGUUAGUGUUAUACGGGCUCGUGAUGUGCAAAAUUCUUUACAUUUUGGAGAGAUGAAGGUGUUUGUCAUUGAACCCACUGGCAUGGAAUUUACUCCUUGUCCAGUUGAAGCCCGUUUAGGAAACAGUCUGGAGCUGCCUCUAAGGAUAUUUGGCCUUCUCAAUGGUGAUAAUGAAGUAGUGUCAUUGAGUGACUGCUCGCACUUUGACUUGUCUGUGGAAAUGGAGACUCCUGGAAUAUUCAAGAUCCUGCCAGGUAGACUCAAACCAAGUGUUGAAUAUUGUAGCGGUAUUACUGUACAAGGAGUGACUGCUGGGUACACAACAGUGUUUGUCAGCUACACUCAUGGUCACAUAUACUUAAAA